AUGUCGAAACGUGUCUACUUUGCCGUUGAAGGACGUGUCCAAGGCGUUGGUUUCCGGUAUUUUACUCAGAAGAAGGCCCAAGAGUACGGAGUGACGGGAUGGUGCCGAAACACGAAGGAUGAAAAGGUCGAGGGCGAGGCUCAAGCCAGUGAAGAAAUUCUAUCUAAAUUCUUCAAGGAUGUAGACAAUGGUCCAAGAUCUGCUCGUGUGGUUAGAGUUUCCCAAGAAGACCGGCAAAUUAUCGAGGACGAGAAUGACUUCGUUGUUACACGUUGA